CCCUGUUCCUUGCACACUGUAACGUACAUGCUCAACCAGGUGCGCCACCACCCGGCCCCAAAAGACAGAAUUUCUAAUUUUUUUAAAAAUUUUUUUACAGAUGAGGAAACAGAGGCGCCACCUGACUGAGUGACUCCUUGUCCACGGCAGCCUAGCUGGUCGGGUCCUCAUGCCGCUGGGCCUGGGGCGGCGGAAGAAGGCGCCGCUGGUGGAGAAUGAGGAGGCCGGGCCGGGCGGCGGGGCUCCGGGCGGCGGGGGGCUGCCGGGCGCGGGGUCUGGGGGUCCCCCGGGCCUGCCGCCCCCGCCCGCCGCGCUGCGGCCCCGCCUGGUGUUCCACACGCAGCUGGCGCACGGCAGCCCCACCGGCCGCAUCGAGGGCUUCGGCAACGUGCGGGAGCUGUACGGCCGCAUCGCCGACGCCUUCCGCCUGCCCGCCGACCAGAUCCUGUUCUGCACGCUGAACACGCACAAGGUGGACAUGGACAAGCUGCUGGGCGGCCAGAUCGGCCUGGAGGACUUCAUCUUCGCGCACGUGCGCGGCCAGCGCAAGGAGGUGCAGGUGCUGAAGACGGAGGACGCGCUGGGGCUCACCAUCACCGACAACGGUGCCGGCUACGCCUUCAUCAAGCGCAUCAAGGAGGGCAGCGUGAUCGCGCACAUGCCGCUGGUGUCCGUGGGCGACGUGAUCGAGGCCAUCGACGGCCACAGCCUCCUGGGCUGCCGCCACUACGAGGUGGCCCGGCUGCUCAAGGAACUGCCCCGCGGCCGCGCCUUCACCCUGCACCUCACGGAGCCCCGCAAAGCUUUCGACAUGAUCAGCACUCGGUCAGCCGGCCGCCCCGGAGCCGGGACCCAGCUGGGCAGCGGCCGGGGGACCCUGCGGCUCAGGUCCGGGGGUCCCGCCACCCUGGAGGACCUGCCCUCAGCCUUUGAGGAGAAAGCCGUGGAGAAGGUGGAUGACCUCCUGGAGAGCUACAUGGGCAUCCGGGACUCGGAGCUGGCGGCCACCAUGGUGGAGCUGGGGAAGGACAGAGCCAACCCAGACGAGCUGGCCGAGGCCCUGGACUCCCGGCUGGGCGACUUCGCCUUCCCCGACGAGUUCGUCUUCGACGUCUGGGGGGCCAUCGGCGACGCCAAGGCCGGCCGCUACUAGGACCCCCCGCCACCCCGAAACCCCGCAGGAACUCAGGAGCCCCCCUCAUAUCUCCCCAGCCUCUGGCGGCCCCCGGCAGCCCCUCCCCGGAUGCACGAGAGUUUUGGAGGGCUGGGCCGCCCCCCACCCUGUAGUCGGUACCACCCUGCCCCUUCAUCUGUCCCCCCAGGUCCCCCCGCCUCGCCCCGUCACCCCCACCUACCUCAGCAGGGUCAGGAAGAGACGGGCCGGCCGUGGAGGGCCCCCCCACCCCAAUACUUUCCACUUGGGCUGCCCAGGGCCCUGGGGUUCAGUGGGGGGGGUUGCGACCUUCCCAGAAGCCUGGCUCAUCCCCCUGGAGGAGAAUUCAGAAGAGGAGGGGCCGGAGGCGGCACCCCAGAGUCCACCAGCUGCGAACCCCUCCAUUGAGCCCCCGCCCUCCCUGAGAUGUGGAUUGAGGCGGAAACAAAGAGAUGGCUGUUUCCAACGGC